AUGGGCCACGGCAGGACUCUCGAGUAUCCCAAGACGCCCGUCAACAGGGUCAAUCGGUAUAAUCAGCGAGCAACAUACGACCUUGAGCAAAUUCAUACCAUCAUCAACACCAGCACGGUCGUGCACGUCUCGUUCAACACGCCGGACGCGUCGAAUCCGUUCCCCGUAACGCUACCCAUGGUCGGCGUGGCCGCGAGCUUCGAGCACCCCUCGGCAUCGCUGGCCGAGCCGCUCGACGUCUACCUGCAUGGCUACGUCAGUUCGAGGCUGAUGAACCUGUCACGCAAUGCCGGGCCACAGAAUUCGACGUCGUCGCCUCCUCCUACAGCGACAGACGGUGAUGGAACGACGGCGCAGGGAUUGCCCGUCACCAUCUCCGCCACGCUCGUCGACGGCCUCGUCUUGACGCUCACACCCAACACGCACGAUGUCAAUUACCGUUCCGCCACGCUGUUUGGCUACGCCAGCCUGGUGACGUCGGUCGAGGAGAAGGUCUGGGCCAUGGAACAGGUCACGAACUCGGUCGUGCGCGACCGGUGGCGCCACACGCGAGUUCCGCCUGACGGCGCGGAAAUGCAGAGCACGAGCAUCCUAAGGGUCAAGAUUGUUGGCGGCAGCGGCAAAGUCAGGGUUGGCGGGCCGAGAGACGAACUCAAGGACUUGAAGAGGGAGGAUAUCAGGGACAAAGUGUGGACCGGUGUUAUUCCGGUGUGGGAAUGCUUUGGGGAGCCGGUGGGAUAUAAAGGAGUUGUGCAAGGGGAUGAGAAGGCGAAUCGAGUGGAAAACGUUCCCGAGCAUGUGAGGGAGUUUGCAAGGGAAAUGAGGGAGCAAAAUGAGAAGUAUGCGCUGGCCGCGGUGGUGGAUACGAGUCAGGAUUGA